AUGGAGACGCGUCCUCUUCCAGUACGCGCUCUAUACACUAUCAACAACAACCCACAGUACAUUUUGGCGCGUUCGGAUUGCCCAGUCCCUGUUACCCUCAUUCCUGCACACCUCGCUGUGUCGCUAAAUCCUCGACUCCCCGUGUCUUCUACACCACAUCUAUCUUAUGGCAGGACACCCCUCCGACCUGUGCUGGAGGCAGUACUUCGGUCUAGUCCUGAGCUCGUACCCAACACGACGCGCGAUUUUACUGUUUAUGUCCUUGAUCCUCUCGAAGCGCCACCGCCAGGAGCAAUGGAAACUCAUGCCACCGGUGGUGUUGCCAUUGGUCUUGGUUAUAUGUCACUGUCACUGCAGGGUGCGACACCAGACGCCACAGUCACAGGGACAUUUAUCGGCGACGGACUGCGUGAAGACGCGUUAGAGGUGAUAUUAGCCUUGCGAGAGACACCUGCGAUACCUAAGCCUCCAACGAGAAGAUGGGUACCUCCAGAUAAAAGCAAAACACCAUUUACCACCGCCCCGCUUCCUGCGCGCGGCUCGCGCGAAACUAUUUUGCCCGCUGUGACACCACCUGCCAUUAUCCCAUCCUACAUGAUGGCCUCAAUGCCGCCCGCAAUUACAGGUAGCACAAGUAGAUCCGACAAGAAACCCCUGAAAAGAAGUAUGUCCCAACAAGAACAAGAGCAAUAUCUAUUGCAAGCUAGUGGGGCGUCCUCCUUAUCACAGCCCGCAGCGGGUUCCUCUACGCUACCUGCGCCUCAUCAAACUGAUGCUACCCUAGCUCCUCCUGCAGCAGUAUCAGAUGCAAACCAGGCAGCACUUCAUGCUUUACUGGUUGCGCUUGCAACCUCCCAGGGCAAGAACACCGAGCUUCUCUCGAUGUUGUCUGCCAUCGACACUUCAUCAGGCCAGGCAGGUCAGCAGAACAAUGCUCUGAUCGAAGCACUUGCAAAGCUCCUUAGUGUGGAUGCGCAGCCUGCAAUGACACCUCAAGGAAUCUCCCCAAUGGCUCUCAUGCAGACAGCACCCGCACCGGCGCCUGGAUACCCAUAUGUUGCUUCCCAAGUGCCUUUCCCCACUUCGGCACCAGCGGCUGUCGCUUCGCAUCCUCCUGUGACGUUGAAUUUCCUCUCUGCUGGUCUGUACAAACAUCACCAUCCCCCAGCAACUGCUUCGCAAAAGGCAGCUGACGACGACGAGAUUGUUGUGCUUGACAAAGAGAACGUUGACCCUAGUGCCUUCCGACGGCGACGAGAUACAUUCUCGAGCAAGGAGAAGGAAGCCGAUGUCAAACAGCCUCAACAGCUGGCGUCGUGGCCUUCCAACAGUGCUGUUCGUCCUGCCCCAUCUUUGCAACAGACCUUGUCAACGCCACUCGCAGCCUAUCCUGGGAGCUCGGGAAGUCAAAAUGCCAGCGCAAUCGCUUCGUCAUCAUCGGCACGCUCGCCCUCGCGACACCGGUCUGUUGCGUCGGCUAUCACAAGUACUAACACCAGCGGGAAGCUAACACGCAAGCGUACCCUGAGCGAAUUCAUGGAAGAGAAAGAACGUGAGCAGGAGCGGAAACGUACUGCGAGCACAUCCAGCAGGGCACGCGCAGGGACAGGAGCGGUUCUGCACGCCAAUACAUCGGCAGCAAACAGUAGUACGACGGUCAUUUCACCACACUUUAUGUCCGACUCGGGGCUGGAGCUCGGCGAAGGUCCAUCAGAGCGGGCGCCCGCGACAUCGCCAGCACGGCGUGCUGCGAAGGGCAAGGCGAGGGAGUCAGAGAGCUCUAUGCCAGCGCAGGAAACGCUCCGCAAGCCGUACGUCGUGCCACAGUGGGCGCGCACGACGACGGCGACGCUGCCGCGGCUAGCCAACGGGGAAUUUUUGGACAUGGACGAAGUCGCGGACGCGUCGUUGCGGCGCAAGCGGUCCACGAAGACGAAGAGGCGGGAACAGGUGCGCGGUAGCAGAUCGGGUGCACCGUCGAGCGGGCCAUCGGGCACACAGUCGUCGCCCUUGAAGAGUUCAGGUGCGGUGUUGACACCAAUGCCCCUUCCAAAUUGUGCGUCUGCUUCCAAGAACGAGCGCCAAAGGACGCCGCCAAGGCCAGUAGUGGCCACUGCUUCUUUGUCUAUAUUCGCCUCGCCGGUCAAGGCGCGAUCUAGGACUCCGGAACCCUCUUCGUCAUUGUUGAAAUCGCAGGGCGAGAACCCAUCUUUUGAUACCACGUAUGAACUGCCUAGCACCCCGCAGCGGCCUCGGCGCUCGACACGGGACACGGCGUCUGACGGCGAGGACGAUGGCUCCCCGCUAUUUACACCGCAACGCCCGGGCACAUCUCUGUGUACGCCACGUCUACCCAGUCUCUACCAAGAAAACGGCCUGCUGUUUUCGCCAAUUCGUACACAUGGCAGCAGACACUCUCGAGGGUCCAGUGGGCGCACGUCGCGCACGCUUGCCUUACCAUCUGAAGGCCCUUCUACUCGAUCGAGAGGUGCCCUCGCAGACAACGCGGACCCUUUUGCGGACGAUGCGGACACGCCAUCGUCAUCGCUGCCUGUGGCGAGCAGCGACGUAGAGUAUCCGCCGUCCUCGGAGCUCGAGGCUACUGAUGACCAGAGUUCCAAGAAGUAUUGGUCAGGCGAUCUCCCGCCUUCUUCGCCGCUCCCCCCAUCAAGCCCAAUUCUGUCACCAGAGGACGACUGGGGAGUGGAGGAGGACGAAGUCAACGCGGACCCAGACGCCGACGCCGAUGUCGAGGGAGACGUGACGGCCGAAGUCAUCAACAAGCCCGCAGAUCUUGUACGAGAGCCAGAUCGUGGUGCUGCUGAUCCUUCCGAUGGCACACCGUCUUUACCCUUCUCUCACGCAACUACUUCGCCACCCAAUGACGCAUGUCUGGCCGAGCCGUCUGGCGCGCAGUCACAGAGGAGCGACAUGCCAGUAGCUGAUCUGCCACUCUCUGAUGGUGCAGACUUGUCAUCCUGUCCCGACUUCUCAGACAUAUUCGACUUCGGGCCUCCCUCUGAUCCUGAUACAGCAUUGCUGAGCACGGACCCGGCGGAUAUGUUUCAGCCCGAUCACGCAAAUGACUUCGACGCGUUCUUCUCUGCAGAGUUCGCUUCUCACGAUGGCCUGGCUGAUAUGAACUUCGGCGAAUUCUGGGCAUCCAUGGGACCGUUGAUCGGGGAGAAUAUGGGUUUGGAUGGCUCUCUUGCAGAAGCUGGUUCCGGGGGAAUCGACGGAGAGAGCACGGGGACGGCGAGUUUGAAUAUCAACACCGCUAAGCUAGCGGACGAUAUGCAGUCGCUACUGAGUGGCUGUGUGAUGUGA